GACCAGCUGGGCUGGGGAGCGGACAGGCGCUUGGAAGGGCAGACUGCCGCCAAGGCUCCCGCUCGCGGGGAGAGGCAUCCCUGGAAAGCGAGCGAGAGCGAGAGACGCCGGACAAGGGAGAGCCCGGGUUGGAGGCGAACGCAAGGAGGAGGCGUCACUGGAGGCAGAGGUGAACCUGGCGGACGAGCAAAAGGCAGGCAGGCAGGCAAGCUGCGCUUUCUGAAGGAGAAAGGAGGACGAGACGGGAGAGAGAAGGGCGAAUGGUGACUGAAAGAUCUCAGCAAAGCUAGACAGUCUUGUCGGCUUCUUUCUUUUCGCAGACUGGCUGGGUGGGCAGGGCUGGCAGGCGACGAGUCCCGAGGCAUCGGAGGAGCACCCGGCUUGGAGCCCAGAGGGCGCCUUCCGUGAGGAUGGACGAGGUGGAGGCGCCGCUGCCGACGGCCAUUCCCCGUGCUGCUGGCGGCCACGGCGAGAGGCUGGCGGCUGAGCCGGCACGCGUGGAGGGAGAGAGGCGCGGCAACGGCAGCUGCUGCGGUAGCGCUGAGCGGCUGGUGAUCAGCUUUGAGACGCAGCGGCGCACCUUGGCGGUCUUUCCGGAUACGCUGCUGGGAGACCCGACUCGCCGCGUGCGCUACUUCGACUUUGAGUACUUUUUCGACCGCAACCGGCCCAGCUUCGACGCCAUCCUUUACUACUAUCAGUCUGGCGGGAGGCUUCGCAGACCUAUCCACGUGCCCAUGGACAUCUUCAUGGAAGAACUCCGCUUCUACCAGCUGGGCGAGGAGGCCAUAGAAACCUUCCGUGAGGACGAGGGCUUCAUCCAGGAGAAGGAGAAGCCUCUGCCCCAUAAGCACUUCCAGCGCCAAGUGUGGCUUCUGUUUGAAUACCCGGAGAGUUCUGGGCCUGCGCGGGUUAUCGCGAUAGUCUCAGUGUUGGUCAUUCUCAUCUCUAUUGUCAUCUUCUGCCUGGAGACCUUACCUGAGUUUCGUUCGGAGAGCAAAAGGGCAUCUAUGAAUUAUAGAGACAGAACUCAAAUGGACCUCCAAGAGGAGGGCCCUUUAUUCUUACUCUCAGUGCAGUCUGAUGGAGGGACUCCAUCACCCAUGCACCCACUAUUAGGUGCUUGUCCAUUCUUCACUGACCCUUUCUUUCUACUCGAAACACUUUGCAUUAUCUGGUUCUUCUUUGAGCUGCUGGCGCGUUUUUUUGCUUGCCCUAGCAAACCUGAGUUCUCUAGGAACAUCAUGAACAUCAUUGACAUUGUAGCCAUUAUCCCUUACUUCAUCACUUUGGGGACUGAACUGGCUCAAGAACAGCAGAAAAAGGAGAAAUCAGUCAGCACUAGCAAUGUUGGCCAGCAGCAAACCAUGUCCUUGGCCAUCCUGAGAGUCAUCCGCCUGGUCAGGGUCUUUAGGAUCUUCAAGCUGUCCAGGCACUCCAAGGGGCUGCAAAUCCUGGGGAAGACCCUACAAGCCAGCAUGAGGGAACUGGGGCUCCUAAUCUUCUUCCUCUUUGUUGGAGUGAUUCUGUUUUCUAGUGCUGUGUAUUUUGCUGAGACCGAUGACCCAGAAUCUUUGUUCACUAGCAUUCCAGAUGCUUUCUGGUGGGCAGUGGUGUCCAUGACCACUGUGGGCUAUGGAGACAUGUACCCUAUGACUAUUGGGGGCAAGAUUGUUGGGUCAUUGUGUGCCAUUGCUGGUGUACUCACCAUUGCCCUGCCUGUACCUGUCAUUGUUUCCAACUUUAACUAUUUCUACCACCGAGAAACUGACCAAGAGGAGCAGCCCCACUAUACUCACGUCACCUGUGGCCAGCAGCGGUCUCCUUUUUCUGAGCCAAAGAAAGGUGACAGCAACCAGACACUCAAUAAAUCUGACUUUCUGGAGGCAGAAGAUUUAGAAUCCACAACAUGCUCCAACUGUAUUUCAACUAGCAACCAAGCCUAUAAAGAGAAUACAUUAUUGAUUGAAGUGUGAACAGUUAAUAGGAUGUGAGGGAUCUCUACAGUUUCAUCAUCGCCAGCUGAGUCUGCUGGCUUCAAGAGGUGUAGCCUAAAACUGCAGUUGACCUUCUUUGCAUUUCAGAAACAGAAAAAUAACAAUACUUGUUUG